GCAGACCCCGGAAGUCCCGCCCCGGGAACGUUCGCCCUUGGGCAGUUUUCUGGGUGGGAAGUGCGAUUUUGGCGGGCGGUUGUGACGUUGCUGGCGCUUGUCCGGUGGCUGCUGCGCUGCCGCAACGAAUAGGGUUUCUGGCUGCGUAGGAGGGACAGGGGCGCGGAGCUCUGGGAAACUGCGCCAGGCGCCCGAAAGGUGAACACGGGAGUCGCGCGUCUCCCCCGCAGCAGCGGUAAAGCGGAAGUUAUGCUGCAGCCGGAGCCCGGGCUUCCUCCCGGAGCCGCGUCCCGGGGCCCGGCUGCCCCGAGCUGAGCGGAGCAUCCUUUCCGGGUGAGGGGAGGAGAGGACUUGGCGCGUUCCCCUCGCUGCACCGGGAGCCGCAGCCGCGGUGUUCAUGCCGCGGAGCAGCCAGGCUCCUCCGGCGAAAACCUGCAUUUAUUUGCUUGCGGGACGGUUGCCUUAAAAAUGGACAAAGACGCCGCCCUCCGGGGUAUUCCUGUUUGCCUGACCCUGAGAGCGCCGUUUUGCUUCAAGACGUGUUGGAUGCUCCUGUCCUCCGAAUUCUGAUACGCUUCUGGGCAUAAUAUUGAAACACCAAACUCUGCUUUUGCUCUCUCUGUGGUUGGCCGCAAAUAGGAUUCUUUUUCGUGCAGGUGUCGUUGUUUAGUCGGCUUUAUUAACAUAUUGAAAUGGCUCUACCCAAAGACGCCAUCCCCUCGCUGUCCGAGUGCCAGUGCGGGAUCUGCAUGGAAAUCCUCGUCGAGCCCGUCACCCUCCCGUGUAACCACACGCUGUGUAAACCGUGCUUCCAGUCGACCGUCGAAAAGGCGAGUUUAUGCUGUCCCUUCUGUCGCCGCCGGGUAUCUUCGUGGACUCGGUACCAUACCCGAAGAAAUUCUCUUGUCAACGUGGAACUGUGGAAGAUAAUUCAAAAACACUAUCCCAGGGAGUGCAAGCUUAGAGCGUCUGGCCAAGAAUCAGAGGAAGUGGCUGAUGACUAUCAGCCAGUUCGUCUGCUCAGUAAACCUGGGGAACUGAGAAGAGAAUAUGAAGAGGAAAUAAGCAAGGUGGCAGCAGAGCGACGGGCCAGCGAGGAAGAAGAAAACAAAGCCAGUGAAGAAUACAUACAGAGGUUGUUGGCAGAGGAGGAAGAAGAGGAAAAAAGACAGGCAGAAAAAAGGCGAAGAGCGAUGGAAGAACAACUGAAAAGUGAUGAGGAACUGGCAAGAAAGCUAAGCGUUGAUAUUAACAAUUUCUGUGAGGGAAGUAUCUCGGCUUCUCCCUUGAAUUCCAGAAAAUCUGAUCCAGUUACACCCAAGUCUGAAAAGAAAAGUAAGAACAAACAAAGAAACACUGGAGAUAUUCAGAAGUAUUUGACACCGAAAUCUCAGUUUGGGUCAGCCUCACACUCUGAAGCUGUGCAAGAAGUCAGGAAAAACUCCGUAUCUAAGGACAUUGACAGUAGUGAUAGGAAAAGCCCAACAGGGCAAGACACAGAAAUAGAAGAUAUGCUGACACUUUCUCCACAGAUAUCCCUUGGAAUUGGAGAACAAGGUGCAGAUUCUUCAAUAGAGUCCCCUAUGCCAUGGUUAUGUGCCUGUGGUGCCGAAUGGUACCAUGAAGGAAACGUCAAAACAAGACCAAGCAAUCAUGGGAAAGAGUUAUGUGUCUUAAGUCACGAGCGACCUAAAACCAGAGUUCCCUACUCGAAAGAAACUGCAGUUAUGCCUUGUGGCAGAACAGAAAGUGGGUGCGCCCCCACAUCAGGGGUGACACAGACAAAUGGAAACAACACAGGUGAGACAGAAAAUGAAGAGUCGUGCCUACUGAUCAGUAAGGAGAUUUCCAAAGGAAAAAACCAAGAAUCUUCCUUUGAAGCAGUCAAGGAUCCAUGCUUUUCUGCAAAAAGAAGAAAAAUGUCCCCCGAAUCUUCCCCAGAUCAAGAGGAAACAGAAAUAAACUUUACCCAAAAACUGAUAGAUUUGGAGCAUCUACUGUUUGAGAGACAUAAACAAGAAGAACAGGACAGGUUAUUGGCAUUACAACUUCAGAAGGAGGUGGAUAAAGAGCAAAUGGUGCCAAACCGGCAAAAAGGAUCCCCAGAUGAGUAUCACUUACGCGCUACAUCCUCCCCUCCAGACAAAGUGCUAAAUGGACAGAGGAAGAAUCCCAAAGAUGGGAACUUCAAAAGGCAAACUCAUACAGAGCAUCCAACACCAGAGAGAGGCUCAAGGGGCAAAAAUAGGCAAGUGUCUUUAAAGAUGCAGUUGAAGCAGUCAGUUAAUAGAAGAAAGAUGCCAAAUUCUACUAGAGAUCACUGUAAGGUAUCCAAAAGUGCUCACUCCCUACAGCCUAGCAUUUCACAGAAAAGUGUUUUUCAGAUGUUUCAGAGAUGCACAAAGUAAGGCCUGGUAAAGGGAGUGCUUUGUGAUCUAGUAAAGCUGGAAUGUGAAGCUCUUUCCUGUCAUGGAAUCUUCAUCCAUGUGUCAUUCAUGCUGCUCUCUAGGCACACUCAUUGUCCUUAAUGAAGGUCUGUGUGAUCGUAAGGACUGCAUAGACACAUGAGCUUCUGCACAGCUCAGCGGUAAGCAGGGGUCCCCUGUCGUUUCCCUUCUUAAUAACAGAUGUGUAUUAAGCUUUACAAUUCUUGGAGAUAUCUUAAGCUUUGGCCAACUCCAGGAAAUCUUCAAGUGCCAUUGUCUUUCCAAAAACUGCAUGUUUUAUGGCCUUUGCUCACCUUUUUGUCGUGACUGGUAAUCAAAGCAAGAUUAUACUAUUCUGAGUGAUUAAGGAGCCCAUGCAAGGUUUAAAAUCCAUUUUCUUGCUAUUGUCCAAUGUUUACAGAGUACUCAAAAGGUUUUCCUAAAGUAAUCUAAUUUCCAUCUCCAAUUUAAUUCAAUUUUCAGCAUUGUAGCAUUUCCUUUGGUGUUUUUUUUUUUUUUUUUUUUUUUUAAGACGGAGUUUCAAAAUUUGGAUUCAUAUUCAUAUGUGGGAAAUCCCAGAUUUUUUUUUUUUUUUUUUUGAGACAGAGUCUUGCUCUAUCACCCAGGCUGGAGUGCAAUGGCGCGAUCUCAGCUCACUGCAACCUCCGCCUCCCAAGUUCAAGCGAUUCUCCUGCCUCAGCCUCCCGAGUUGCUGGGAUCACAGGCAUGUGCCACUACACCCAGCUAUUUUUUUUUUUUUUUUUUUUGUAUUUUUAGUAGAGAUGGGAUUUCACCAUGUUGGCCAGGCUGGUCUUGAACUCCUGACCUCAGGUGAUCCACCUGCUUCGGCCUCCCAGAGUACUGGGAUUAUAGGCGUGAGCCACCACGCCCGGCCUGUUUCCUUUGGUUUAAAGUGGAUUCGAAUCAGUGUUAAAUCUGAAAAUCAGGGUUUUCUAGGAAAUUGGGAAUUAGUUGCCAGAAAGGAAACUGAACUAUGCAGAAGGAGUUAAGAGCUGGGAUGAGGCUGGAUGAGGUGACUGACAGUCUGGAUCAUUGAAACUGAUUGGGUGGUUGGUCAGAAACGGGUCCAGAUGAGGAUGAGGCUGGAUGGGGUGACUGACAGUCUGGAUCACUGAAACUGGUCCACUCUGACGCAGCAGGGGCAGUUUGGCAGAGCAUCCUCUUCCCUUGUCCUUGUGAAAGAACACAGGAAACAUUUGGGUUUUACAGCUUUUCGCACCCUACUAUCAGGCAUCAGAAUCAAAAUUAGUUACUAAAUUGGGUGAAUUUUUGGAAACCUGCAUUUCUAUUCAUCUGCUAUUCCAGAAAAAAAUGGGAAUGUAUUACAGGAGAGUUACCUCACAGUGUCUUAUGUUGUGGAACCUGAAACAUAACCACGUGUUUUCUUAUAUGAUCAUUUGUGUUGAUACUGCUUUUAUUUGAGUUUAUGAACAGAAAUAGAAAGUAUGGUGCUUGGAUUUUGCCCUUUCUUACUCCUGAAAGUUAAAUCAGAAGACACUGAUUUCAUUUUGUGAAAUUUAGCUCAGAGACGAUUGAUCUUUUGUUUCAUUAAUAUGAACAACUAUUAGUAAAAAAUAGCUUUAACAGCAUUUCUGCUGAUAUCUAGUAAUCUAUUCUUUUAAUGUGAAAAUACGAUAAAAUGUCCUGGAGCUAAUUCUAGCUUAAAUUUGCCAGUAUUUCUGUAUGUCAUUAAGGUUUUUUCCUCUAAGUUUGGUAAUAGAAAUUUUGUUAAUCUUUGCAUACUUGAUGGCAUCUGUGUCAGUGCUGAUUGGGUAAUUAUAAAUUCUGUGCUAAUUUAAAACUUAAUUUGCCUCUUAAGGUGAUUGUCCUCUGAGUAAUGAUUGUAGUUAAAUGAAGUAUAGCUUGCAACUAUACUAUCACAUGGGUCGUUAAGUAAAAAUAAAUAAACUAACCAAAUUUGUCUGAGACAGGCUAAGAUCAAUCUUCUCAUCAAACCAAUUUUUCUCUAAGAGCAAUUUCACUUUAAGUUUUAGGGUGGACAUUCUUGAAUGCCUCAAAUUAAACGUUAUCUAUUUAAUCUUCCUGGAAUAGUCUGUGACCAAAAAGGAGGGUGUGAUGUAUUUAGGUGUAAAUAUAUCACAUAUAUGGUGAGAUAUAUUUGGGAUUUAUAUAUUCAGCUCAUUCUCUGUGAAGAAGUCUUCCCGACUAAAAUUGGUUUCAAGAUAAACUAAUUUCUCUGUUAGUAUUUCUACUCUGCCUACCAUGUAUGCCUUUUUGUUAGAAACUAAUAAAUGUAUCAGUCACUAGCA